CGGAAAGACAGAAGCAGUUAACUGAGGAACAAGUCAGUUCACCUCAAGUACAACAUCCAUGAGCGCCCUUGAGGACCCCUCAAUGGGACACCUAUGUCUUAUUUCCCUUGUUUCUCCAGCAUCCUCACACGGUGUUCAGAAUAUGUGUUUCACAAACGAGCGUGGAUGAGUGCCCUCUCGCUUGGGUUUGCUCCCAGGAAGCCAGGGCAGAGUCAGCCCUGGGAACAAACAAAUCGGGAUGGUGCUGCUGAGCGUGGCACUCUGAGGCUCUCGUGUUGCUGGUGGUACCAGGCAACUGGAACUGAAUCAACGGGUGGUACCAGGCUUGUCUCCUGGCAGUGCCCUUCUUGCCUUGCCUGCCUUCUUGGGCAGGAAACCAUAAACCUUGCAGGGCUGUAUUUGCUGCUCCCUAUUCUCCUCACCACUGGCUUUGGAGGGUCAGUAAAACCCCAAGAGUCUGGAGAAUAGUUGGCCAGAGGGGUUGACCCUCAUCAUGGUCCUCUCCAGCGUGGGACCAGGGACUCUGGUUCCCACACCCCAGCCCUGAAUCUUGGAAGUAGGAGAGAGGGAAGCAUCUGAGUGCCUGCCGAAGGAUCAAGAGGCUGGAAUCCAAUUCCAGACCCUCCCUCACAGACUUACCCACCUCUCUACAACCCAACCUUGGAGAUAAGAGCUGGGCCACUGAGGACCACACGUGUGGCAAGGCAUUGAGCCCUCCCAGCUGGAAAAGCCUCUGAAUCUGCGACAAAGGGAACACAAAGCCAGCAAUGACUCUCAUAACCUCAAUUCCCACCAAAGCACAAAGCAUUUCCUGUCCCUUUUCCGUUAUUUCACAAGCUGCCUCUUCUCACUUACCCACUGGGCUCAAGGACAGAGGGCCUUUUCUCCUCCCAGAAGCCAGACAGCUGGCUCUGGCCUCUCCUGGUCAACACCAUGGCCAAGACCCCGAGUGACUAUCUGUUGCGCUCCCUGGAGGAGCUGGUGCCCUAUGACUUUGAGAAAUUCAAGUUCAAGCUGCAAAACACCAGCCUGGAGAAGGAGCAACAGCGGAUACCCCGAGGCCUGCUCCCGUCAGCCAGGCCGGUGAAGCUGGCCAGUCUUCUGCUCAGCCACUACGGGGAGAAGUAUGCUGUGCAGCUGACCCUGCAGGUCCUGAGGGCCAUGAACCAGCACCUCCUGGCAGAGGAGCUCCACAGGGCUAUUGACCCAGAAUACCCGAUACAAGAAAGUGGCACUGACUGUCCAGCAAUGUCUUGUUCCUCAGGGGAGAAUAAGCCCAAGAGCCUGAAGAUGCCAAAUGGCCUGGAAGGGGACAGACAGCAGCAAAGUGGUGAUGGAGCAGCCAGCCAGCCCGAGGCUGGGAAGGGGCCCCAGAAGAAGCCUCAGGGCAAACGGAGAGAUCAGAAGGGCUCAGAGGGCCUGGAUGUGCAGGGCAAGCCGGGGGCCAGGGGUGUGACUCUGUGUUCCAGGAGAAGCCCACUCCCCAGCAAGCAGCCAGGGGAGAAGGGCAGUGAGUCCAGUGUCGGGCUCCGCAGGAAUGCCAGCUCUGCAGGAAGGCUCCAGGGGCUCUCCAGUGGGUCAUAUGCUGGGUCCCUGGGAAGGAAAGAAAGCAAGGCAUCUGAAGCACGUUCACCUUCAAAAAAGAAUCGACCCAGAAGUCUUGAAUUUACCAUUUCUUCCAGAGAGAGAGCUCUCUCCAAUCUAGAAACUCUUCUGCCUCAGGAGAAAGUGAAAAGUGAGAAUCUGGACUCAGCAGCUACCCCCAGCAAAGUGGCCACUCUGGAUGUAGGGGCUACUAUGGCUGUUGAGAAAGGCUCCAGAAAUCCAGAACAUUCUGUGACCAUGGAUAGGGGAACACUCAGGAACACACUUUCCAAUGUACUGUUGGAUGGAAAGGAGACGACCUGGGAGCAUCCAGAAUACACAGCACUUUUGGAGAAAAAUAGAAUUGAGGGUCCAGAGACCCCUAAGACCUUGGGGGAGGCAGUAGGCAGUGAGCUUUCAAAUCCAGAAGUCCCCCCGUCUUCAGGGAGGCUGCAGGAUGAAGCUGUGUGUCCCCUCUCCCGGGCCCAGGAAGGAGAUCUGGUUGGUAGCACUUGUGUGCAUGAUUCCUGGAGCUGCUCCAUUGCUUCUAAGGAUCCCAAGGCCUCAGAUGGUUGCUUGCCCAACUGCCUCAGGUGUCAGGUCUCGCUCCCAGGGAAGAGUUCUGGAGGCAUCGAGCCGCAGGAGGGCCCAUCGAUGGGCAGCCUGAGCCCCACGCCCCAGCCGCAAUGUACGCGUCACAGGAAGCAGGUCCAGCUGCUCUUCUGCGAGGACCACAGGGAGCCUAUUUGCCUCAUCUGCAGCCUGAGUCAGGAGCACCGAGGCCACCGGGUGCGCCCCAUCGAGGAAGCUGCCCUGGAAUACAAGGAGCAAAUUCAGAAGGAGCUGGAGCAUCUGAAGGCGCUGAGAUCAUCUGGAGAAGAGCAGAGAUCUGAAGGGGAUAAGAACACUGCAAACUUCCUGAAACAAACUGAAAUCCAGAAGCAGAGAGUCAGGUACCAGAUGGAGCAGUUCUGCCGGUUUCUGGAGCAGCAAGAGCGGCUCUUUGUGGCCUGGCUGGAGAAGCUGGCACAGACCAUUGUCCAGGUCAGGGAGACAUAUGACACCAAAGUGUCCAGGGACAUUGCCCUUCUCACCGAGCUGAUUGAGGAGCUGGAGACCAAGCAGUGCCAGCCGGAAUGGGAGCUUAUGCAGGACAUCGGAGUAACCCUGCGCAGAGUCAAGACAGUGACUGUCCCUGAGCCAUGGGCCACCCCUCUAGAGGUGAAAGAGAAGAUCCACCUGCUCCUCCAGAAAUCAGAGUUUGUGGAGAAGAGCAUGAAGCAUUUCUCAGGAACCCUGCAUUCAGAAAUGGAAACCUUCAAUGUUCCAGAACUGAUUGAUGCUCAGGCACAUGCCGUGAAUGUGAUUCUGGAUGCAGAAACUGCCCACCCCAACCUCAUCCUCUCUGAUGACUUGAAGAGUGCUAGACUUGGAAACAAGUGGAUCCAUAUGCCUGACAGUCCAGAAAGAUUUGAUAGCUGCAUUUUUGCCCUGGGCUCUCCAAGCUUCCGCUCUGGCCGUCAUUACUGGGAAGUGGAGGUGGGAGACAAGACAGGGUGGGUCCUGGGUAUUUGCAAGGCAUCCACAAGCAGAAAGGGGAACAUGACUCUGUCGCCAGAGAAUGGCUACUGGGUGGUGAUGAUGAUGAAGCGAAAUGAGUACCAGGCAUCCACCUUUCCCCCGACCCGCCUGCGGAUGAGGGAGCCCCCCAGGCGUGUGGGCAUCUUCCUGGAUUACAAGGCUGGAGACAUUUCCUUUUACAAUGUGACAGCCAAAUCGCACAUCUACACAUUCACCAGCUUCUCUUUCUCUGGGCCCCUUCAAGCGAUCUUCAGCCCUGGGACACAUGAUGGAGGGAAGAACAUGGAUCCUCUCACCAUCUGUCCAGUCGGUGACCAGGGGCCUCACUGAAAGCCCUACACUUUGCAUCUCUCUUCCAACUCCCAGCCUUGUACUUUGAACUUAUACUCUCGCCAGUUAUUAUUGAACGUAUAUUGGGUUCUGGGUGCUUUGGGAAAUAUACUAAAUCAGAGAAUAGUCCUUGUGUCCUAGGAGCUUAUGGAAUAGUAGUAGAAAUAAGCUAGGUACUCAAAUAAUGGUAAACCAAGGGUGAAGAGAACACAUAUGCUGAUGACAUGCCAUGUUUUUUUCAGAGUAGAAAGUGCAUGGCUUAAUAAACCCUUGUAUGGAUUAACACCCUAAGGUGCUCCGGCGACAGAGAUUCCACCCUCAUGUUCCCUCAGUACCCAUGGCAAGGAUGUCCCCUCAUUUUAUUCUCCCCUGUCUUGAGGACUUGUCUAGGGAGGAAAAAUAAGCAAAGUGGCUUGCUAUAAAUUUUUUUUGUAUCUGGAUUAAUGAACUAUGGUUCUUAAGAGUAUUGGCUGUGCCUGAUAAACUGAUUAGAAGAUUUAAUCGUAAUUCCAUUUGCUGUCACUUGAUUGAUUGCUGUGAGAUACCAUUUCCCCACUGAACACCAUGAAAGAGAUGGAGCUAUGGUGGUGGGAAAACAUUUGACAUAUAUUCUAAGUAUCACAUUUUCUGUCCUAAUCUCUGUCUGAAAAUCUGUGGGAAUAUUAGGUGCUUUAGUUCACAGAUGUCCCGCUACCAUCCCCCAUUUAAAGACAUGUAAAGAGAAAGGAUAUAAGGGGUGGCGGGAUCAAAUCAAGAUUAAACUCCAAAUUCUUCCUACCGCACCUCCUCUUUCCACAUCUGCACACUAGAGCCAAAUUGGACUCCAGUUCUCCAUGGUUAUGACCAGACCACAAAACACAUGCUUUGCUGUCUUCAUGGAGCUUGGUUCUAGCGAAUAAUCUAGAUGCCGACACAGUUCACGUGCCCGACUUGUUUAGCUGAUCCCUAUGGUUGGGCAUUUAUCACUCCCAAUUAUCCCUUACUAAUAACCUUUUCACAACCAGCUUUGUAUAUAUUUCCCCCCACCUCCCCAAACACUUAUUUUUUUCUCCUGUUAUUCCUAAAAUGGUUCUAAAAUAUAAACUAUUUGAUAACACUUGCUACAGUGGCCAGACAAUCCUUCAGAAAGAUUAAAAAAUGUUUCUGCCCAAAGCAAUGUUUGACUUUUUUUUUUUUUUUUGCUGAUUUAACAGAGAUGUAAUGGGGUUUUACCUGUGUUUCAUAUCAUUACUAUUUAUUGAGGCACUGAAUUUUUCCAAGUGAAUUUAUACUUUUUGUUUCCUUCUAUAGAAAUUAUAUAGCUCCUUUGACUAUUUACUUAUAGAAUCUAGAUACUUAACUAUUUUUAUUUGUAGUAUUUCUUUAUAA